UUGUGUGAUAGUGAUGAACCGGCUGAGGCAUCCGUAUUCUGUGAGCAAUGUGACAUCUACUAUUGUCAGCCGUGUCAAUCAUCCUUACAUCCAGCCCGAGGGCCACUCGCCACUCAUAAACUAGUACAUCCUUCGGCCAGACGUCCGCCACGUUGUCCCGCAUCGGUGACCGCAAUCAAGGAAUCGAAAUGCCUCAGUCACCCAACCGAACUGCUCUCGAUGUAUUGUGUCGUCUGUCGGAUGGCCAUAUGUGGUGUUUGCUUACAAGAGAUUCGACACACAAACCAUGAUGUUCAGAGCCUUGAGAAAACGUGCAAAACACAGAAACAACCCAAAAUGGGUGCUGAUAUCUCGAGUCUUACCUCUACAGCUGUUUGCUGUCGCCGCAUCGACAUUUCCUUCUAA